AUGAAUAGCUGCCUAACGGCGCUGGCGCUUUUGGCGCUCACGGGAAGCACUCUGUGCUGCUUGCCCGGUGUGGAGGCGAACAGCGUUUACGGCAAGGUCAUUUUGAGCCCACUCCCGGAUUCGCUGCCUGACAAGUCAUUCUUGACUGUCCAGGUGUCUGACACCACCAAAGCUGACACGUGGGAAGAGGUAGUGUCGCGGGCGGAGUAUCCCGUUGCGCAAGCGUACAACCAGCAACGCACGCUGAAAUACCACGUUUUUGUGCCGGACGACGCCAAGGGAACGCUCACUAUCCAGGCAUGGCUGACAAUCGGGUGGCAAGGUACAGCAGAAGAGAGGGUCCGCCGCGGCGACUACUUGACGAUGUCAUACUUUGGUUUCGAUGCAUCCGAAAGGGAUCAGAGGGUAGAUAUCGAAUUACGGAAGUACGCGUAA